AUGAACAACAACAACAACAACGCUGCCAGCAUUGACUUCACCGCAAGACUCUUGCAAGAAAUGAUGGCAAUGAGAUCCGAAAUCAGCCAACAAGGCGUACAACUGAACGUCUUUGUUGUGCCAGAAGGGCUACAACUGUCUAUAAAGAUUAAGGUAUUCUUGAUGGGUAGAUAUGUCUGUGUUGUGCAACAACAUGGACAAGCUAUGAUAAGUGAAGUGCAUCUCAGCUAUCUAAAUACUGAGGUUCACCAGAUGUGA